CUCAAUCAAACAAUCACUGUUUUCGUAAAUAUUAUUCCGCCUUAUAGCUCAACCCAAAGUUUAAGUAUGGACGUCGGCGAGCUGUUGAACUAUAACCCAGUAAAAGAACCCAAAAGGGCCGUUGGGGAUGACGAUGAGGCCACCGACACCAGACCAAGGAAACGCAUACAACACGGUACAGCAUCUUCUAUACAACACGGUACAGUCUCUUCUAUACAACACGGUACAGCCUCUACGAGAGUACCGAGAUUAGCAACGCAACACGCACCAGAGACCGUAGCCGACACACCUGAACAACUCGAAGAAGAAGGGGAACCUGAGGUUGACAUAUUGAAUGACACCACCCUCAAGAAGCUAAUAUUGAACUUUGAAAAGCGUGUGCUGAAAAAUCAGGAGCUACGGAUUAAAUAUCCUGACUUACCUGAAAAAUUCAUGGACUCGGAAGUUGAAUUAAAUGACGCUCUACAAGAGAUGCAUAUUGUGGCAACACAGCCUGAUCUUUACCCUAUCUUGGUGGAAUUGAAUGCUGUUCAUAGCAUAUUAGGUCUUCUGUCACAUGACAAUACAGAUAUUUCCAUUGCUGUUGUUGACCUACUGCAAGAACUAACAGACAUAGACACUCUUCAUGAAAGCCAGGAAGGGGCAGACAUUCUUAUAGAUGCACUGAUUGAUGGCCAAAUUGUUGCUCAGCUAGUUCAAAAUAUAGAGCGCUUGGAUGAAACCAUCAAGGAAGAGUCUGAGGGGGUUCACAAUACCUUGGCAAUUGUAGAGAAUCUAACAGAGUUUCGGCCUGAUCUUUGUGUCCAAGCAGCUCAGCAGGGCCUCAUGCAGUGGAUCUUGAAGAGACUUAGAGCAAAGAUGCCCUUCGAUGCAAACAAAUUGUACUGUACAGAGAUCCUCUCCAUUCUGUUGCAAAAUCAUGAAGAGAACAAGAAGCUACUUGGUGAAAUUGAUGGCAUCGACACACUUCUUCAGCAACUUUCAUACUUCAAGCGACAUGAUCCCAAUACCUCAGAGGAGACAGAAAUGAUGGAAAACCUGUUUGACAGUGUGUGUUCCAGUCUCAUGCAUGCCCCAAACAGAGAAAGAUUCCUCAAGGGGGAGGGCCUGCAGCUCAUGAACCUUAUGUUAAGGGAGAAAAAAAUGUCCCGCAGCGGUGCUCUCAAAGUGCUGGAUUAUGCAACCAGUAAUGUUGAAGGUGUGGAUAACUGCAACAAGUUUGUGGACAUCCUGGGUCUCAAGACCAUCUUUCCUUUGUUCAUGCAAACUCCAAGGAAGUACAAGAAAAAGAGUGCAUCUCCAGAUGAGCAUGAAGAACAUGUAUCUUCAGUGAUUGCAUCAAUGCUAAAAAAUUGCAAAGCAACUCAGCGGCAGCGUUUAUUGAACAAGUUCAUUGAAAACGAUCAUGAAAAGGUGGACCGUCUCAUGGAGCUACAUUUCAAAUAUCUGGAAAAAGUGCACAUCAUAGACAACCAGAUUGAAAAAGAAAAAGCUAACACAAGUUAUUUUGAUGAUGAAAAUAAUGCUGAACUAGAGGAAGCUUUCUACCUGCGUCGGCUGGAAGGAGGCCUAUUCACGCUGCAGCUCAUAGAUUACAUUAUGAUGGACAUCUGUAGUUCUGGUCCCCCCACCAUCAAGCAGCGUGUCCUCCAGAUUCUGAACCUUCGUGGGGGCUCCAUCAAGACCAUAAGGAAUAUAAUGCGAGAAUACGCAGGAAACCUGGGAGAUGCCAAGGAUGAAAACUUGAAGGAACUUGAACAACAGCGAAUUUUGCAACUUGUUGAUAGGUUCUAAAUGUAGGCCAUUCACUUGCAUUUUGUAAAUAAACUUAUUUUGACUUCA